AUGCAUCAUCCACUAUUAUCAUUAUCAGGCAGUGGCAUCGGGAAGGAAUGCGCCAUUGCUUUCGCCAGAGAGGGUGCCUCGGGUGUCCUGGUAGCCGACAUCAAUAUCGGAGCGGCCCAGGCAGUGGUCGAGCUGUGCAAGACGGCGGCUAGAGAUGCGGGUACAUUUGACGCCGAGGCCCUUCAUGUCGAUGUAACGUCAGAGGAAUCCGUCAGCUUGAUGGUGCAGAACGCCUUGCAGAAAUUCGGACGCAUCGAUUAUUGUGUCAAUAGCGCAGGAGUCGCACUUGAGAUUGCUGAGGCGUCCGUGGCUGACUUCAGCCGAUUCAUGGAUGUGAAUGUCACGGGCAGCUUCCGCAUUACGCAGCAUAUCUCGGCGCUUAUGAAGGCCCAAGAGCCGAGACAGAUCGAUACUGCGUCCCCAGGACGUGGUAUGACGCGUGGGGCCAUUGUCUUGAUGGGCUCGGCUGCGUCGUUUGGAGCCCAGCCUCGGAUGGUACAAUAUACAGCGUCCAAGCAUGCGGUGCUGGGGCUGGUUAGGAAUGCCGCUCUCGAUAAUGCCAAGUACGGCAUCAGAGUUAACUGCCUGUGCCCCUCUUGGGUCAACACUCCAAUGGUACAGCGAGCGGUAGAUCAGGUGCCAGGGCUCGGCAAUGCGAUCAAGGCUGCUGUGCCGAUGGGCCGCAUGGCAUUGACUGACGAGGUUGCCGACGCCGUUUUGUUUCUCUGCAGCCCUAAAUCCAGCUACAUGACGGGCUCCGCCUUGGUCAUGGAUGGCGGCACGAUGUUGAGUCCGUUGAGCGCCUGA